UGGUGACCCAGUCCCCCCGGGCCCUCCUCUGGGGAGGUUCCAGCCAGACAGUCCAUGACCAUUGGCCAUGUUGCUGGUGUACAUCGCUUGUUUACCACUUUCCACUUUGCCUCGUCGACUCUUUUCCCAGCCCAUCCCAUCUCGCUUCCCUCGCCAUACAAGCACUGAAACAGCUACUCAAGCAGACUACCACCACCACGUCAUCCUCUAGUGCCUCCCCUCCUUCCUUACCCUAUCAAACCCUCACCGAUCAACAUCAGUCAUGCGCUACACCAGUCUCCCUCGGACUGCAACUUUUGCUUGGUCGCCCGAUCCAUUUCUCCCUGCUUCCCAGAACCCAUCGUCAUCUGCUUCCGCCAAUACUCACUCAGAGCAUCAAGCCGAGCUAGACCAAUUCAACUCCCCCCUCCUUGCCACCGGUACCGCAAGUGGCGUACUCGAUUCUAGCUUCAGCACAGACUCCAAGCUCGAGAUAUGGUCUCCAUUCACUAGCGACUCGGCCGAGGCCAAAGGCACCGUCACCCUCCAAUCUAGGUUCCACCGUCUAGCAUGGGGUCAUGCCGCUGGCCUUCGACCACGAGGUGUGAUUGCAGCCGGUAUGGAAAACGCUGAAUUGGACAUCUGGGAUCCGAUCGAAAUCCUAGCGGGUCAGGGCCCUGAAAAAGCGUUGGUAAGCAAAAUGAAAAAUCACAACGGUCCCAUCAAGGGUCUUGACUUCAAUCCGGUCAAAAACAACCUGCUGGCUUCGGGUGCUAGCAAAGGAGAAGUCUUCAUCUGGGAUUUGAAUAAUCCAGUCAAGCCAUUUGCUCCCCCCUCCUCGCGUUCAUUGGACGAUGUUUCUUCGGUAAACUGGAAUCAUAUCGUACAAUCAGUCCUCGCCGCCUCAUCCAAUAACGGCUACACUGUGGUUUGGGACAUCCGUGAAGCUAACGGUCAAAAAGGCAGGGAAGUCGCCACAUUGAGCUACAGUGGUUCUGUGAACCAAAUGCCUGCUUAUGGACAACCCCAGCCUGGUAUGAUGGGGGGCCCGCAAUACGGCUCUCAAUGGAUGGGCCCUGCCGGUGGACGACCCGGUAGUGUGAGCUCAGUUGUAUGGCACCCCGAAAAUCCCACCAAAUUGGUUACCGCUUCUGAUGACGACGCAUCUCCUAUCGUUCUGGUUUGGGACCUGCGAAACGCUCGAGCGCCUGAAAGAAUCCUAGCUGGCCACGAAAAAGGAAUUCUCAGUCUAGCGUGGUGCAAGCAGGAUUCAGAUCUAUUGGUCAGUUGCGGCAAGGACUGCCGAACGAUUUGCUGGAACCCUACGAGCGGUGAAAUAGUCGCGGAACUUCCUCCCAGCAGCAAUUGGUCUUUCCAAAGCGAUUGGUGUCCAAGGAAUCCUGACUUGAUAGCCACUGCAUCCUUCGACGGCAGGAUAGCGAUCAACUCUCUGCAAUCAACUGGCGAAGAGUCUGAAACCGUUGAACCCCCGUCGACUUCGGGCCCAGCAGUCGAUGGCAGUGAUAUCUUUGGUGAUCAAGGCUUACUUGCGCUGAACAGCGCCAAAGCAGCCGUAAGCUGCAAGCAAGCGCCGAAGUGGUAUAAACGUCCAUCCGCUGCUACCUUCGCAUUUGGUGGUAAAGUGGUCACAAUCGAUAACCCGAGCCCUCCGAAUCCAACCCAGCAAGCUCCUGGUGACAAUACCUCGAUCAAGACUUCACCAGUCGUAAAAAUCAGACAAGUUGUCACGGAGCCCACGUUGGUUGAACGUGCCUUGAAACUAGAGAAUGCAAGUCAAGCUCGCAACUUACAAACUCUUUGUGAAGAGCGGGCUAACCGCCUCCCCUCACACGCUUCAACAAUCGAAUUACAAAGUUGGAAGCUGCUCUCGACGUUGUUCAAGUCAGAUUCGUCCGAGGAACUUGUUAACCUGCUAGGAUUUUCGAAAAGCGAAGUGAAAUCUAUGGUCGAGCGGCAAAUUGAAUCAUACAAACCGUCCAAAGUCUCAAAUUCACUCUCAAGGACCGCCAGUGAGAUGGGACCAACCUCCACCGCCCUCGAGACUAGUCCUUCGGACAAUGACUCUAUUCCUCGUGAGCCGUUGGUCACUUUUGCGGAGACCCCUCGUGAGGGAUUGUCUGCUUCCUCCGAAGGUGGCGGGGAAGCUACAGUCAGUUCAGCAGAUGCUGCACCAUCUGAAGCUAGCGUAAGCGCCAUCUCAGACGGGACCAAGCUGGCCGAAGCCGAAUCGGAGAUUACGGAACCAAGCUUGUUUGGUGACGACAACGCAAACGCCGCCGGACAAACUGCUGCCUCCGUAGACUUCUACAACUCCAUGCGUACUAACCGCCCUGCUGGAUUGCCAGAUCACGUGUUUAGCAGAGUUAGCGCCGCUGCUUCCUCAGUUGGUGCCACCAUCGGAUCGCAAACUUCAUCGGUUGCAUCGGAAAUCACUCGGAGUAACACCUUUCAAAUAUAUCCUUCCGAAGAAUCCAAAGGAGACCGACUUAUCACGCGGGCCCUCGUUGUUGGCGACUUUGAGAGUGCCGUCUCCUUAUGUAUAUCGAGCGAGCGCUGGGCUGAUGCUCUCCUCUUAGGUGUCAGAGGUGGGCCCGAGCUACUCCAAAAAGCUCAAAAAGCUUACUUUGGAAAACAAACAGUCAAUCACCCAUACCUCCGACUCUACCAAUCGAUCGUCUUGGACGACUUGAUGGAUGUUGUGCAGAACGCAGACCUCUCCGAGUGGCAAGAAAUAUUUGUGGUUCUCUGUACUUUUGCGAAAAAGGAAGAAUUCUCCAAUUUGGUCGAGCAGCUGGGCCAAAGGCUUGAAUAUAUGUCACACCCAUCCACUCCUACCGAAAGCCCCGGUCAACAGCCAAGUUCGGUCUCUACCGCCGAGUUUCGAAAAAACGCCAUUCUUUGUUAUCUUGCAGCUGGCAAAUUAGAGAAGGUUACUUCUAUUUGGAUUGAGCAGAUGGAAGAAGAAGAGGCGGCGUUACUGAAGAACGUGGACGCAGACGACCAACAAUCUGCAUUCAGUAUCCACGCUGAUGUGCUCCAGACUCUCAUCGAAAAGGUGACCGUAUUCCAAAGUGCCAUCAAUUAUGUUGAUCUCGACCUAGCCCAGACCAACGAAUCAGUCGGUGCCACCAAGACUGAUGCAAAGGAAUACAAACUGGCGAUGCUGUAUGACUGUUAUUACGAAUAUGCGGAAUUGUUAGCUUCCCAGGGGCUUUCCAACACCGCUUUGCGUUUUGUUGCCCAAACCCCCUUAGGAUAUACUCCGUCUCGUACCUCACCUUCAUCCUCCGCUCGAGAAAGGCUUUCGAAAUCGGUUGGAUUGACAUCACUUGUAGCAGAUCGACAGUUCCCCGCUGAGCAAAGGACGCCCACCAGCGCCACCGCCGUUCCACCUUUGGACAAACCAUUUGCUGAAGUGCCCUCGACCCAAAACGCCUACCAAAACUCUUACAACCCUUCCAAUAAUCUAUCGGCCUACUCAAACACGGCUUACCAACCAUCUUCUAUGGGCGCACCUGGUGGAAACAUUGAUGGCAACUACUCCAAUCCGUAUGGCUCGUCUUAUAAUCAGAUGCCAAUGGGUCAAAAUAACUAUGCCCCCAUGUCAACUGGCUCGUUUUUACCCCCUCCUCCAGCACCAAUCGGCACCUCGCCGAUUCCCAGUAGAGCUCCUAGUGUCUCGCAGCUUCCACCCGCCGCUCGACAGCCCCCCAGUCAAGUGGGAGGUUGGAACGAUGCACCAGUUGUCAAUAACACCCGGAAGAAUGUUCCGCCGCCUGGUGGACCGAAGGCGGUGAUCAGCUCACCUUUUCCGAAUGCUUCUCAAACCAUGUCACCCGCACAACCGUAUCCUAACCAAUUUGGUGGCUAUGGUGCACCUCAAACCGGUUAUCAGCAAGGAUCACCAGGUGGACCACCACCCCCUCCACGUGGCGGCUCUCGCACCCCAGGGAACGCUGCUAAUGUGGUCCCGCCACCACCCAAGUUCGGACAACAUCCUCCCGGUGGAGUUCCGCAAACUCCUCAGCAGUAUGGCCAACCUGGGGGUAAUGUAGCUCCUCAAUCCGGUCAUCCAGGACCUUACGGACCCCCGAAGGCACAGCACCCAGGAGCAGGCCCACCUGCUCAACCAAGACAAGUAAAUUUCUCAACUCCGACUCAGCAAGCUAGUUAUCAGGCACAACCUGUGAUGCAAAGUCCGAUGCAACAGCAAACUCCGUACGGUUCCGGUCCACCUCCCCAGAUGUACCCCCAACAACGAGGAUCUUUAUCUGGUGCACAGGCCGCCGGACAGUAUGGUAUCCCGCCUGCCGGCCAGGGUAUGCCACCAAGCGGACAAAAUAUGCCCCCAGGUCAGGGUCCCCCACAGUCGCAACGUCCCGGUACCGCUCCACCAGUGCCCAAACCUGAGCCACCCAAGUCCAAGUACCCACCGGGUGAUCGUAGCCAUAUCCCAGAAGCGAGUAAACCGAUUUACGUUAGCCUACAACGAUUAAUGAAUCAAAUGAAACAAGGUCUACCUGCAAAUCAAAAGAAAUUGGUAGAUGAUACCGAGCGUAGAUUGAAUGUGCUAUUUGAUGCUUUGAAUUGUGAGACGGUUCCUGCGAGCGUGAUCGACGAAUUAACGGAUAUUGUCAAAGCCAUCGAAGCUAGAAACCUCCAAUUGGCUUUGCAAUUACAUGUGUCUCUCUUAACGUCUGGUAUUAAAUCUGACCAAUUGACUACUUACAUGCCUGCCAUCAAAAUGUUGAUAACCAAAUUACAAUGAAACCUCAACAACAAUCACGAACUUUUUUCAUUCCAUUUUUUUCUGACAUGUCUUGCUGUUCCUGUUUCCCUUUUUUGUGUGUGUGUGCGAUUGGUUUGAAGUGUUUUGUUCUCCAUCCCUCGUUGUCUCUUUUUCUUUUCUUUCUCAGAUUGGUUCAAUACAACACAUAUUAUACUAUAAAUAUAAAUACAAAUAGAUGGCUGAUUGGUGAUGUUGAUAUUGAUGUGAAUUGAAACUGAUUCGAUUGGAUGGCUGUUGAGAUCUCUUUAUUUCUACAAUGCAUAUAUUUCUCUGAAUCUUGGUCUCACUCUCAGUUUUCUUUGUUCUGCUUUAUUCUUGUCUGAUGCUUCGGUUUGACUUGGAAAAAUCAAGCUAGAUUGGAGACAAGGUGCAAGGAAGGGAACCUUACUCUUUGUCUAUCAUCUGAGUGUAUGCCGAGUCAGCACGACCGAUGUCUCUAGCAAAGGAAACAAUUGCU